AUGCACACACUUCUAGCAGGUCUUGUUGGCCUUCUUGCCAUGGCUAAUGUUAAUUCUUUAUCUCUUCGCGGCUAUCCAAGUUUUGUUCAGCCCGACAUUCUUCAACCAUUGCUUGAGGGUCACGAUAGCCUCGAAAUAAAGGUUCAGCCUUUUCUCGACUCUGGCAGUGAUGGCUGCCCAUUUGCACUGUGGGUUGGCGACAAAAUUGACAAUGAGAAUACCCUGGCUCGUCUCGUCGUCAUCAUUCGAAAGGAUUGGAACACUGCCACACUUUUUGCAGCCGCGAUCAGAGAGAUUUUUGAGAAGUGGGACCAGUUCGCUGCCGGGCAAGCCGACAGUAUCUUGGAGGAACGCACAGAGGUUAUCGGCGCACACGAUGUGCUCCCCGCUAUUAUACCAGCGAGUGAGGUCAAUAUGUUCUCCAAGGUUGAUUAA